AUGUUCGACACAGUCUGUACCCUCCCGCUAAGCGCGGACCUCUUCGCGCAAGCAAUCCACCCCUCCGAGCCCGUCAUCUCAGUCGGCCUCUCAACGGGCCACGUCCAGACAUUCCGGCUCCCGGCUGAAGAAGAGGAGGACAGCGACGAUGACCAGGCAUCUGUCGCCAGCUCGCGCAAUGGCAAAGGACACAUUGACACGAUGUGGAGGACGAGACGGCAUAAGGGGAGCUGUCGCACUUUGACGUUUGGAGUUGAUGGGGAGGUGCUGUACUCUGCCGGUACGGAUGGGCUGGUUAAGGCCGCGAGAGCGGAGACGGGUGUUGUCGAGAACAAGAUUCUGAUUCCUACCGCCAAGGACGGGUCCGUUGACGCGCCGACCGUUGUUCAUGCGCUUUCCCCGCAGACGUUAUUACUCGCUACGGACUCGAGCAAGCUACACUUAUAUGACCUGCGCGUCCCGUACUCGAAAGUUUCGGCUCCGCCCCAGCAGACGCACCGCCCUCACGAUGACUACGUUUCGUCCUUGACCCCGCUCCCCGCAUCGGACACCAGCACAUCUGGGUUCAGCAAGCAGUGGGUGACCACCGGAGGUACCACGUUGGCAGUUACGGAUCUCCGACGAGGCGUGCUCAUGCGCAGCGAAGACCAGGAGGAGGAGCUCAUUAGUUCUACAUACAUUGGCGGUCUGUCAUCCAGUGGGACGAGUCGUGGCGAGAAAGUCGUUGUUGGCGGUUCCAGUGGCAUCUUGACGCUUUGGGAGAAGGGCGCUUGGGACGACCAGGACGAGCGAAUUUACCUUGAAAGAGGCGCAGGCGGCGGAGAGUCCAUCGAGACACUCUCUGUUGUGCCUGAUGAACUCGGCAAGGGCAAGAUGCUUGCGGCUGGUCUCGGAAAUGGAAAGGUGAAGUUUGUCAGGAUGGGCAUGAACAAGGUUGUCUCGGAGCUUACGCAUGAUGAGACGGAGGGCGUAGUUGGACUUGGAUUCGACGUUGAAGGUCGCAUGGUCAGUGGUGGUGGACAGAUCGUGAAGGUUUGGCAUGAGACGGCAGAUACGAUGGGCGGGAAGCGCGGGUUUGAAGGUAGCGAUGACAGUGACGAGGACUCGGAUGACAGCGAUCGUGAGGCAAAGCAGAAGGACAACUCGCGGCGGAAAAACAAGAAGCCAAAGGGCAAGGAUCGGGGCAAGGAGGUCAUGGCGUUUGCUGAUUUGGAUUAG